AUGACACGGAAAAGUAGGCUGAGAGGAAAUCCGAAUUUUAGCCGGCCCAUACCAAAGACGGGUGCCUCGGAUAUAAGCAACACCGACGCGAAAAAGAUCGUGCGAAGGCUACCUGGCUCGAGUAUUAAAAAUAAUAACAGUAUUAAAGAAGAUGAUGUGAUAUUGAGGCAACAUCUCAGUUCUCAGUUUGACCACAGCAACCACAGCAACCACAGCAACCACAGCAACCACAGCAACCACAGCACUCAAGGAGUGAAAGUAUACAUUAGUCCUAGAGACACUGAUGUUUAUCGCCCUCAAGUAGGGAAGGGGGGCACACUUAUGGGCAAUACUCCAAAAGGUAAUGCGAUAUCGCAGCAGCACAUCUACCCGCAACCUGACAACGGUCAUAAUAACAGCCAUGACGUCAGAACCAUAGGUGUGAAUAAUGCUCAGGAAGCCAAUGAUACCUCUCGGGUUUACCAAGGUGGAAGCGAGUCUGUCUUGUCAAUGCAGGGACCUGAAGGGUCUUGGCCGUGGAAGGAUGAGCUAUUCUCGUGUAUGGGUCUUAUCCCUACGGCGGUCGCAGCUACGAUGGAAAUCCAAGAUACUAAAUCGCUCUCAGCCACAGUUGCUGCAACAGCUGUCGUGAUAAGGUACUUUAAAUCCAUCGCGGGGGAAGAUGACAACCCAUGGGACGCUUACACUAGUCAAGCGUCCUAUUGGCUGGCAGAGCAAACAGAGCCAAGCCAACUAGCGAGCUUCUUGGAUCAAGCCGAUGACCUGUUUUAA